CUUCAAGGUGCGCUCUCGGAUCUGGAGAGCCGGAGGCAUCGGCUGCAGUCAUGGGCGCUCUCCGGAUCGUGACAGGAGCGCUGCAGCCCCGGCGCCACUGGAAAAGGGGGUCGUCGGGACACGGUUUGGAGCUGGUCCUUCCCGUGGCUUUGGGCAGAGCCCCCUACUCCGCCGGAGGGAGAGAGGCGGUGAUGAAUGGCCGUCACCAGCAGCCGCAGCCGCAGCCGCCUAAACAGCGCCUCAUUGACCAGGACCUCUCAGUGAAUGGGAUGCUGCCACGUCUCAGUGAUCUGCUCUUCUACACAAUAGCCGAAGGACAGGAAAGCAUCUCUGUUCAUAAAUUUGCCACUGCCUUACAGCGCACUGGUCUUUGGACCUCAGAUCCACGUCUUCGCGACUGCAUGAAUCUGAUGCGGACCGCAACUCAAGGAGCUAGCAGUGGAGGAAUGCUGAGUCGAGAACUUUUUCGGAGGUGUGUAAGUAGCAAUAUAGUUCUCUUGACCCAGGCUUUUCGGAAGAAAUUUGUCAUCCCUGACUUUGAGGACUUUACAUCACACGUGGAGCAGAUCUUUGAGCAUACCAAAGAACUUAGAGAGGGCAAGGUAGCAAAUUACAUUCCACAAAUGGUGAGAUAUAAUCCAGAUAUCUGGGGUGUAUCUCUCUGCACAGUGGAUGGACAACGGCAUUCCAUGGGCCACACUAAGACUCCCUUCUGCCUGCAGUCAUGUGUCAAGCCCUUAAAAUAUGCUGUUGCUGUCAGUGAAUUGGGCACUGAGAGAGUCCAUCAGUAUGUGGGCAAGGAGCCCAGUGGGCUGCGUUACGACAAACUCUCUCUCAAUGAAGAAGGGAUUCCACACAACCCUAUGGUGAAUGCAGGAGCCAUUGUGGUGAGCUCUCUUAUCAAGAUGGGCUGCAAUAAAGCAGAGAAGUUUGACUACGUGGUGGAUUAUUUGAAGAAGAUGGCUGGAAACGAAUACGUGGGAUUCAGCAAUACCACGUUUCAAUCAGAGAAAGAAACAGGAGAUCGGAAUUAUGCCAUUGGGUACUAUCUCAAAGAAAAAAAGUGCUUUCCACGUGGUGCAGACAUGAUGGCGGCUCUUGACUUGUAUUUCCAGUUGUGUUCUGUUGAAGUGACUUGUGAGUCUGGAAGUGUCAUGGCAGCCACACUUGCCAAUGGUGGUAUCUGCCCUAUCACCGGCGAGUGUAUCCUCAGUGAUGAAGCCAUCCGCAACACCCUCAGCCUCAUGCAUUCUUGUGGCAUGUACGACUUCUCGGGGCAGUUUGCCUUCCAUGUCGGUCUUCCUGCCAAAUCUGCAGUCUCUGGAGCUAUCCUGCUGGUGGUGCCCAAUGUUAUGGGAGUGAUGUGUCUAUCGCCCCCUCUGGAUAAAGCUGGCAACAGCACGAGAGGAAUUGGGUUUUGUCAGGAAUUGGUGUCCCUCUUUAAUUUUCACAACUAUGACAACUUGCUGCAUUGUACCCGCAAGAUGGACCCACGCCGUGAAGGAGAUGAAGUUAGGAACAAGACUGUUGUGAAUCUGCUGUUUGCUGCUCACAGCGGAGAUAUCUCUGCUCUUCGGAGGUUUGCCCUGUCAGCUAUGGACAUGGAACAGAAAGACUAUGACUCGCGUACGGCCUUGCAUGUUGCUGCAGCUGAAGGACACCUGGAGGUUGUGAAGUUUCUGAUGGAGGCCUGCAGAGUCAAUCCUUUUGUCAAGGACAGAUGGGGAAACAUUGCCUUGGAUGAUGCCAUCCAGUUUCAUCACCUGGAAGUGGUGAAACUGCUCAAGGAUUAUCAAGAAAGCUACAUAUUAGGUUCCACGCAGGCCAAGGAAGCAGCCGAGGAUCUCUCCAAGGAGAAUUUGGAAAGUAUGGUGUGAGAAUGGUAGUUUUUAUAAUUGCUUUGUUAAGCCCUGCUAAGGACUUGAACAAGAAGAGAGAAUGUAUAGAGAAACUACAUUCUCUUCAUUCCAAACUACUCCAUCCGGUUGAGCGAUGCAGAAUUGUAUUUUUCCAUAACUGUCUUGUGCAAGAGACUCUCUCUGGUGAACCUUAUAUGAAAGUUCAGUACUUUGACAGCACCAGUAAAAUUUAUAAAAAUCCCCAGGAACUGAGUUAGUAACUUUUGGUGAGAAACAAAUUUUAGCUGCAGAAAAAAGGAGAAAAAGAAUGUUCAACUGCCAUUUUUGGGCCGCCUGAUAAAAUCCAAAGUAGCUAUCGCUAUAAACGCUGAACUUAUUUAAGGAAAAAGGGUUUAAUUCCUAUUUCCUUCAAUUUUGUAACUUAAUGAAGCCUCCACAAUGAAUAUUUUCAUUUCCUCCACUAUGAAUCUAUUCUCUCUCUUGUCCAACCAUUCCCCCAAUAGCUAUUUAAGCAAGAAGGGAAAACAUACUUGUCUCUAAUGUUUUUAAGGAAUUCUUGACUUUUGUCUGUCCCCACCUUCAAAAAUAGUCAACCAUUCCUGCUAUUACAGCUUACAUUCCCUUUCCUACACCCGCACCAUCUAGAAAGGUUGCAGAGCUAUCUCAUUAUACAGUUGUGCCACUGGAGGGUGUGGAGAUAUGACUUUUAGGGAACUGAUUUUUAAAGUCCAGUAGCUGAUGACCAAAUUAGAAAUUUAGUGCAUCUAUUCUGCUUCUUGUUUCCAUUAAAAAAAAAAAAGCAUGAUGCCAAAUUUUGGUUGUGUGAUUUGAUAGAAUGGUGGAGGCUACAAAAAGGGGAUGCAGUCUAUGCAUUUCCCAGGUCUGCCUUGCUUGCUAGAAGCCAUACCAUAUAUUCUGCACGUGGGAGCAAAACUUUUCAGUAUAACACUGCACAACUUCUUUUAAUUUAGUACUCUCAUUGUGGCAUUUUAGAAAUGAAUUUGCAGCGAUGUAAGGCAUAUGCAGCAGAAAGAUACAGGUAGUCCUUGGGUUAUGUUUACCUGACGUUCAAAGUUAUAAGGCACUGAAAAAAGUAAUUUGUGACCAUUGCAGCAUGCCCAUGAUUACGUGAUCAAAAUUGAGAUGGUUGGCAACUCAACUGACUCAACAGAUUUAUGAUGGUUGCUGUGUCCCAGGGUCAUGCAAUCACUUUUUGCUACUUUCUGAUAAGCAAAGACAAUGGGGAAGCCAGAUUCACACAACCAUGUUAUUAACAACUGCAGUGAUUCACUUAAACUGUGUGGCAAGAAAGGUCAUAAAAUGGGGCAAAAUCCACUUAACAACUAUCUCGCUUAGCCAACAUAAAUUUUGGGCUCAAUUGUGGUUGUAAGUCGAGGACUAUCUGUACACAUUUAUCUCAAGCAAUUGAGAUAAAUUUAACAUUGGCGUGUAAAAGAGAUAAUAAAUUGGUAAAGAUGUUAAUAUUUUUAAAUCAAGAAGGCACGGUUAAUAAGUCUUGCCCUAGCUUUUAAGGAAAGUUCAAGGGUUUGAGGAGGAAAUUAACUUGCAGGGUCUAAGUAACAAGCAGUAGGGAGUUUUCAAGUCUCCAAUCUCUUCAACAUUUGAAUACUGAAAAUGUUACAUGCACAAACAUCUCUCAGACUAACAACAAAAUAGUCCAGUUGCAAUGCUUCAACCAGACAACUUUCAGACAACCUUCAGACAACGCUACCUGGAUAAUUGAAUUUUUUUUAUCAACAUGUUACAUGCAGUUACAACAUGACUGCUAUGAUACUUGCAGCCACUCACAACCUCCAUUUCGAGAAAGCCAAACUCAAGAAGCUAAAAAUUAUUUACACAAGCACCAGAAUGGAAAGCAAAAAUGGGGAAAUAGCAUAUCUACACGGUUGCUCUCUCUUAUUCUGGGGUCACUUCUUCAAACACUUGUUCACACUCCAGUCAUUUCUCUCCUCUCCAAAAAAUUAAUCACAGGUAUGGGGAAAGAUACUUCCAGGUUCAGUCAUUACCCCCAUAUAUAGAAAACUACUGCCCAAUCCUAAGCAUGUUUAUUACCACACAGGAAGUAAGUCCGGCUUGAGGGCUAAUAUGUGCAAUCUUGCAAUGUCCUUCUAACGUGGCAUAAGGCAUUUCAUCAGCUGCUUGAAAUGGCACUAUCGUUUUUCCUGCACCUCUCUUUUCAGCAGCUAUUCUACUGCUCCAAUAAAAGUGUUCAGCUAUUUUGGAAUAGAAUGGCAAAAUACCUGUCAUAAGUCAGUCAUUGUGGAACAGGAAAAACUGAAACCUUGAAGC